CUCCAUGCACAUACCUGCCUUCAUUUUCUUACAGUUGCUUGCACUUAAUCUCAUUCUUCCAUAUAACCAAACAGUUUCUCUUCUUUAUUCCUCAAUAUCCUCUAUUAUUCAUGGCUCUCUUUCUCUCUCUUCUUCUCAUUUUCAUGUUCCCUUCAAGCAAUGCACAGGGACCACCUUCACCUGGCUACUACCCUAGUUCCAAAGUUGGUUCAAUAGGGUUCAAUCAAGGGUUCAGAAAUCUUUGGGGUCCUCAGCACCAAAAUAUGGAUCAAGGCUCAUUGACAAUUUGGCUUGAUAGAAACUCAGGAAGUGGGUACAAGUCUCUUGAUGCAUAUCAAUCCGGAUACUUUGGUGCUGCUGUCAAAGUUCAAUCUGGUUAUACAGCAGGAGUGAUUACAUCAUUUUAUCUUUCAAACAACGAAGCACAUCCAGGAAACCAUGACGAGAUUGAUAUAGAGUUUCUGGGAACGACACCGGAUAAGCCUUAUGUAUUGCAGACGAAUGUCUAUAUCAAAGGAAGUGGAGACGGAAACAUCAUAGGAAGAGAGAUGAAGUUUCAUCUUUGGUUUGAUCCCACACAAAACUUCCACAACUAUGCUAUUCUGUGGAAUCCCAAUGAAAUCAUAUUCUUUGUCGAUGAUGUCCCAAUAAGAAGGUACCCUAGAAAGAUUGAUGCAACAUUUCCAUUAAGACCUAUGUGGGUGUAUGGAUCGAUAUGGGAUGCCUCGUCCUGGGCCACCGAGGAUGGAAAAUACAAAGCUGAUUAUCGAUACGAACCUUUCAUCGGUAGGUACAACAAUUUCAAACUCGGUGGUUGCAGAGCUGAUGGCCCUGCCUCAUGCCGCCCUCCGUCGGGGUCACCGGUGGGCUCUUCUGGGCUGAGCAGCCAGCAGUAUGCCGCCAUGGAAUGGGUCCAGAGGAACUACAAGGUGUAUGACUAUUGUCAUGAUCCAAGGAGAGACCACAACCUCAUACCUGAGUGUUAGGGAUCCUACUCAUAUGAUACGUGGUGCGUCACUUUAUUAGUUGGAGAAUACAUGAUCAUUUUGUCUCUACUUUUUGACGAAGGGACUGUAAGAGGGUUAGUAGGUCUCAUAGCGAACUUGAGUGUUGUGGGACAAACUAAACCUCUUACAAAAAAUUGAACCUCUUAGAAAGAAGUAUGACUCUUUGAUAAAAUGAUUAUGUAUUUCUUUGCUAUUAUGCACACACAGAACUACAUAAUAAGUCGGACCUAUUAGAUAAGGUAUGGGGUAUUAUUAAGGUUUUGGUUAUAAGUCACAUAUUGGGCUUUUCAGUUUUGGACAGUUUGUUUGGUGGGGGUGUUGUGAUGGGUCCACUUGCCAAGAAUAGAUGGAAGAGUGGUUGAGCGUCCAAGCCUCCAAGAUUUAAAGGUGUGUUAUUGUUUUGUUUGUAUCGUUCCCGAAAUGUAUUAUCAAGUGUGUAAUAUAUGUGUGUGUGGAGGGGAGAGAGAGAGAGAAGAGUGAUGAAUGACAACAGAAUGAUGAGAGAGUGAAUGGGUAUUGAGUGUUUGGUGAUGACACCAAAAUAUACAAGAUGAGAUUUAUGAAUUGUAUCUAUUUACUAUGACAUCAAAAUAAAGCAUAAAGAAGCUAUUGUCUAAUCACCUCUGGUUGGAUCUUAUUGGGAUAUUGCCAAAUUUGACAAUGGCAAAAAUGAUUUCAGUCUA